AGCGCGGAUCCACAGCAACCAAGCCCCAACUGGGACCUAGGACCCCUCGGAUCCCGCGCAGGCGACGCACGACCAUGGCCGCUACCGCUGACGCCAAUGCACAAGCCAGCCCCAAGAGGCCGGUUACCCCUCCUAUCAUAGUUCAGCAGGCCGAUGAAACAAUACUAGUGUUUCUCAAACGUCUCCAGCUCUACUGGGAGACCACUGCAGCUGAGUUGAGCAAGUGGGAAGAGGAGGAAGCCGCCCGCCAGCAGGAAAUUCAACGCCAGCUGGCAGAGGCAGAGGCAGCACGCCAGCAGGCCGCAGCAGAAGCUGCAGCAGCCGCACGGUUGCAACAGCAGCAGGUCGAGGCAAGUCAAAACCAAGUUUGUUACCAAGCUACAAUGGAGCUCGCCAACGAAGAAGCCACGUACCGGAGGUUACUCCGACAGCAGCAUUUUCGAGCAAACGAAGAACAAGAGGAGCCGACAGAGGACGAGAGAAACAAGGAGCCCACAGCAGUUUUGAUAAAGAAUCUGCUGUACACGAUCAAUUGGCAGCAACACUGCAGCCCAGCCUUGGCCGCGCAGGCGAAGCAACUCGAGGAGCGGAUCAACUACGUGGUCGCAUCCCUCGGCGACAUCAGCAAGUUUGCUGGGGCAACGACAGUCAGCAAUCAGCUGCAGACGCUCAGCGACCGCGUUCAGCAACGACCGGCCGCCGUCGCCAAGGAAUGGAAGAUGCCGAACUUCAAGAUCAAGAAGUUCGACGACUACCACAAGACUGAUCCGCUGCAAUGGUGGAUGGCAUUCAACGCAGAGGCGAACGUACACCACACCUCACCACUGCGGCGGCUUGACGCACUCUACCUCCAACUCAUUGGAAAGGCGCAGGCCUUCAUGACGCACAUGGCGGUCACAUUGGAAUGCACCAUCGCCACCCUCCACACCAAGAUUCUGGGAGGAAUUUGAGAAGAAAUGGAAGACCCGGUUCAUGGUCAACAACGACAAGCGUCACACCUUGAACAAGAUCUUCCGCAUGUUUCAAGGCCAGCAACCUUCAC